AUGAACAACGAAUUACUUGAAAAACUCCAAAAACUCCUUGCCGAGGGUAAGGACGAAGAUGUGCUGUUGUUGCGCCGUGCUCUUCUCGAAAAACCACACUUGGUGGGGUCCUCCAAUGACAAGUACUACGACAAGCACACUGACGACUAUAUUGACUUUACUUAUGCCAAUCCCACUGUUUGGCAUGCUACUGACUUUUUUGGCAAAAGACUUGAAAAGGCUGGGUUUACUUACCUCCCAGAGAAGGAGCUGUGGAGCAACAUUAAGCCUGGAAAGUACUAUACGACCAGAAGUGGCUCUUCCUUGGUGGCCUUUGUAGUAGGCCCAGAUUGGACCCCAGAGAAGGGCGUGGGCGCUAUUGGUGCUCAUAUUGAUGCUUUGGCUACAGCUGUCAAGCCAAACUCCACUAAGGAUAAGGUUGACGGGUAUGAGCUCUUGGGUGUGGCGCCAUACUCUGGUGCUUUGAGCUCUGUGUGGUGGGACAGAGACUUGGGUGUGGGAGGCCGUGUUUUGGUCAAGGAGAAGGGUAAAGUGAAGUAUGACUUGGUUGACUCUACGCCUCAUCCUGUGGCUAGAAUUCCUACUUUGGCUCCACACUUUGGUGCUCCAGCUCAGGGUCCUUUCAACAAGGAGACCCAGACAGUACCAAUUGUGGGCUUUGGUGGAGAUGUGGAGCCUACUGAUGCAGAGAAGCGGGCUCCUCUUUACGGUAAGCAUCCAUUGAAGUUGUUGCGUUACAUUUCUAAGCUUUCUGGCCAUGCCGUGGAGGAUAUCGUGCAAUGGGACUUGCAAUUGUUUGAUGUCCAGAAAGGUGUUCGUGGAGGUUUGGAAAACGAGUUUGUUUUUGCUCCUAGAGUCGACGAUAGAGUGUGUUCGUACGCUGCUAUUCUGGGUUUGAUUGAGUCAGACGCUGAAGGUAAGUUGUCGAAGGACGCUUUCUCCAUUGUUGGUCUUUUUGAUAACGAGGAAGUCGGGUCUGGAACCAGACAAGGUGCUAGAGGUCAUUUGUUCCUGAGCACUGUUGAACGUGUGGCGUCUUCGUCGUACUACAAUCCAGGUGAAGCCGAGUCUACUGACCUGGUGAAGGUUACCUUUGCCAAUUCGAUCAUUUUAUCCGCUGACGUGACUCACUUGUUCAACCCUAACUUUGCCAACGUCUACCUCGAGCACCACAAGCCUUUGCCCAAUAAGGGUAUCUCCAUUGCCUUGGACCCUAACGGUAACAUGGCUACUGACUCUACUGGGUUAGCGCUUGUUGAAGAACUCGCCAGAAAGAACGGCGACGAGCUCCAGUACUUCCAUAUCAGAAACGACUCUCGUUCAGGUGGUACCAUUGGUCCUUACCUCUCCAUCCAAACCGGCGCCAGAACCAUCGACUUGGGUAUCCCCCAAUUGUCAAUGCACUCCAUUAGAGCUACUAUCGGAAGCAAGGACGUUGGCUUGGGCGUAAAGUUCUUUGCUGGUUUCUUCAAAAACUGGAGAUCCACCUACGACACGUUUGAACAAAACUGA